GAAAAGUUCGCAACUAGCCGGUUCAGUUGAUAUAAACACGUUCGAAGAACACAAUCAAAGAUGUAUCUAUCAAAUAUGUUUUCUCAAUUUUUUUACGUAAUCUUAUUUUUCGUGGUUUUUCUUCGCACCACGACGAUUACCGCGUCUCCAGUAAGCGAUGAAUCGGAAGAUUCCUUAAAAACAUCACUCUUUUGCGAUGAAAACGAAAAAAAAGUGUGUGUACCUUAUUAUAUGUGUAACCCUACUACAAAUACGAUUAUUCCAUCGUCAGCUUAUUACAACUAUGAUAUGGCAGAACCUGUAAAUCAUUUUAUUAAUUUAAAGAAUGAAGGGAAUAAAUGUCCAAACAUAUUGGAUAAAUGUUGUAAACAAGAAGAAUUACCCCCCAACACCGAAGCUGCACCUAUAUCAAGUACUUUUCUUAAUUCACAUAAAGUAAAUUCGUCACAACUUAGUUAUUGUGGAAUAAGAAAUCCUCACGGCCUCGGUUUUACCAUCACAGGUGAUGAUGGGGGCGAAGCUCAAUACGGGGAAUUUCCUUGGGUUCUUGCAAUUUUAAAAACUGAUUAUAAUCCAGCCGUGGAUGAAUCUUCAUCGAUUUGUGGUGGAUCAUUAAUUUCGCCGCAAGUUGUUUUAACUGCAGCUCACUGUGUUGAAAAUUAUUUAGGUAAAUUGGAUAAAAUAAAAGUGCGUGCUGGCGAAUGGGAUACAUCAACCGACGCAGAAUUAUAUCCGAAACAAGAACGUGGUGUUUCAAAAAUAAUUACACACAUAAACUAUAAUGCUGACACUUUAGAAAAUGAUUUAACUUUAAUUUUUCUUGAUAAACCAUAUACUCGAGCUGCGAAUGUAGGCACGAUUUGUUUGCCGUUAUACAAACAAGUUGCGAACUCAAUGAAUUGUUUCACCGGUGGAUGGGGAAAAACAGAUUUUGAUAAUAACGCAAGUUAUGCAAACAUUUUAAAGAAAAUCGAAUUACCUAUUGUGCCGCCUAAUGUUUGUCAAGCUGUAUUGCGCAAAAAUGGACUUGGACCUAAUUACAUCCUUCCCGACACUCUUAUUUGCGCCGGGGAAUAUGGUAAAGAUGCUUGUAAGGGUGAUGGAGGAAGCCCAUUGAUUUGUCCAGACCCAAAUAAUCCAAAGAGAUACGUUCAAGUUGGUAUUGUAGUGGGGGGAAUAGAGUGCUUUAAAGCUCCAGGACUUUAUGCAGAUGUAGCCGGCGCUAGACAUUGGAUUGAUGCCAUAAUGGCUCAAGAAGGUUAUAAUACAAUUCCUUAUUCAAAAUGAAGAAAUUCAUAAAAAUGUAAUCAACCUUGAUGAUAAUAAAAAGUUCGAUUUAUCCUA